CUCUCCUCCGCCUGUAAAUUGAAUGAAUGCAGAAAGGAAGGAACUUCAUCAAAGCCAUUCGUAGAAGCUUCUUCACUCCCAUUUCUCAGAUGGAUCAAACCGCGCGUUACCGUUACAGCCCAACUUUGAAAUGGAACCCUGUGGUUGAAGAAUACUUCAUUAAAGCAUACGGAGCUGAUCAUUUCUCUCGUAUUUCCACUGCACUCACGCGCCCAUCAUGUUACUCUUGCAUCCGGGUGAAUACGCUCAAAUCGACAAGUGAUGCAGUUAUGGAGAAGCUUUUGGAAAUUUUUAAGGAAAGAGGAAUGCUCGAUGUCACAGUUCAAGAAUCUACUAUUACACAGAAGCCGGAUAAUUGUCGUAAGGCAACCUUAGAAUGCACUGGAAGUGCAGAAUCUCUUAAGGCCAUCGAAAGUAUUUCAAAGUGUCAAUUUCCUGGUAUGGACUAUGUAGUUUUUGUUAAAGGUUCAGGACCACAUGCUAUACAUUAUGGGUACAAUGAAGGCAAACCUCUUAAGGAGGUAAUUGUGAGCCGAAAGUGUGCGGAGGCAGUUCUUCGUGGUGCUCAAGUUUAUGUGCCUGGUGUUUUGGCAUGCAGUGCUCAUGUCGAAAGAGGUGAUGCAGUUGCAGUUUCAGUUGCUGUGGAACAGUCUGCUCCAGAUGGUGGAUGGGGUGUUGCAAUGACACGUGGCACUGUUCUACAAGGAUCACAAGCAGAUCCUUAUUAUUUUGAAAGAGAUGGCUUCUACAUUGGCCAAGGAACAGCAAUGAUGUCAAGAGCUGGGUUAUUUCGUGUAUCUGAAGGAGUUGCGGUGGAUAUGAAGGAAAGAGUAUUUAGACUGCCCUCCUUUUAUGAUUUGCUUGAGGGUGAGAUUUUUCUUCAGAACCUGCCAAGCAUAAUAACUGCACACGCCUUAGAUCCUCAACCAGGAGAGAGAGUAUUGGACAUGUGUGCAGCUCCAGGGGGCAAAACCACAGCAAUAGCAAUCCUUAUGAAGGACAAAGGGAAGGUUGUUGCUGUUGACAGAUCUCAUAAUAAGGUGCUUGGAAUUCAGAAAUUGGCGGCUGAGAUGGGGAUAGGCUGUAUAACUACAUAUAAGCUUGACGCACUGAAGUCUGUUUGUCAUGGAGCUGAAUCUGAUAAUUUGCCUAACACAUGCUUUAGCGAGGAUGUUCAAAACAUGCAAAAAUCAGAUUUAUUAUCCACUGAUAUAGAUGGAUCUGAUGAAAAGUUACUAUAUCAAAAGAAUUUCAAUGACUUGCAGCUGAAGGAUGGUCAGUACACUAGCAAAGCUGAACUGCGGAAACGUAUCAGGAAACUCAAAAAUGGGCCAGGAAGAAAUCACACUGCAGGUGGGAGGGUUGAAAAGUCUAAAGGUUUUUCUCCCAAUAGCUUUGAUCGUGUGCUCCUUGAUGCUCCUUGCUCUGCAUUAGGUUUAAGACCUCGUCUCUUUGCUGGAGAGGAUACAAUUGAUUCGUUGAGGAGUCAUGCCAAAUAUCAGAGACGAAUGUUUGACCAGGCUGUUCAGCUUGUUCGCCCAGGUGGAGUUAUUGUCUAUUCCACAUGUACGAUAAACCCUGGUGAGAAUGAAGCGUUGGUUCGAUAUGCAUUGGACACGCACAAGUUUCUCUCGUUAGCAUCACAGCAUCCAAAAAUUGGAGGACCUGGCCUCACUGGUAGUUGUCAAUCACCUGAUGGAUUUAUUGAGGAAUGGUUAAAGCCCGGCGAGGAAAAUCUUGUUCAGAGAUUUGAUCCGUCAUCCGACCUUGAUACGAUAGGAUUUUUCAUAGCCAAGUUCAGUGUUGGAGACAAAAACAUCUGAGUUGAAUGUGAUGCAACUUUGGGAACCAGAUUUGGCAGUGAAACUACAUGAACUUCGAUGAUGCAAGUUCAGGCCCAAUGUAGUAACUUGUUAUAUUGCAGAAUCAGUUGGUGAAACUGUGAAUGCAGGAUAGACUAGGCAUAUACUGAUCGUCCUGUAAGAGAACUGACAAUCUUAUAUUUUGUCAGUAUUUGAAUUCUUCUUGCCAAAUUCUGCAACUUCCAAGGAUAAAACAACUCACUGAUUGCACUAAAAAGCGUUUAAUCGUUACGACUUC